GUUCUGAGCAUAAAAGAUGACAUUUAAGAACCCAGACACACUGACUCAGAAAGGACAUGCGGAAGUAGGACAAAGUCGAGAAUCGAAGCCUGUCAAGAUAUAUUAUGAGAUACAUGGCAAUGGGUCUCAGCUUGUUAUGUUGGUGAUGGGACUUGCCUUAGCCUGUGGUGCUUGGGAUUAUCAGACAAAGUACCUAGCAGGAACAGGACAAUACAGUGUGCUCGUUUUUGACAAUCGAGGUGUAGGACAUUCUGAUGCCCCCAUUGGACUUUACUCUACAUCUCAAAUGGCACAGGACGCAUUGGAAUUGCUUGACCAUGUUGGCUGGCAUGACCGUGUUCACCUCGUGGGCAUCUCCAUGGGCGGUAUGAUAUCUCUUGAGAUGGUCGAUGCGGACCCCUUUCGGUUUAUAUCGCUUACGUUAACAAGCACAACAGCAAGAAGAAAUAUACCCACAUGGGCUGCCGUCUCUGCCUUAUCAAGAAUCGCAUUUAUUUAUCGUGAUCCAAAGGACCAGCUAAAUGCGGCCAUUGACCUUGUCUAUCCACCCGAAUGGUUAGAGCAAAAGCCAGCAAACUCAACUAAGUACGCCACAAACCGAGAGUUGGCAUCAUCUUUGCUCAUUCGGCGCAUGCGAGAGACACGUCGUCAACCGUUACAUGGCUACUUAGCCCAACUUGCCGCCUGUUUUCGUCAUUCGGUCUCGGACAGCCGAUUGGUCAAUAUCAAACAUGGAGGCUUGCCCGUGAUGAUCAUCACAGGCACAUUUGAUAACCUCGUCCGACCCGCUUACUCAUACCACAUGAAAAAGAUACUCGAUCCUGUUCGCUUUGAACUGUUUGAAGGCAGUGGUCAUGGUAUUCCGGAAGAACAGCCCGAAAGAUAUAAUCGUUUAUUAGUUGAACAUUUUAAUAAAUCAUCCAAGCUUUAA